AUGGCGAAAGUUGAAGUAUUGAACAGGUCUAAAUCAUCAAUAUGGCAACCAAACCAACCACUGAAAGUAAAAUGUCAAAUACAACAUAGAUCAGACAUCUUAAUGAAAGAGCAGGUAAAAAAUAUUGAACACUGUCAAGAUUUUUUGAAAAUGGCUGUAAAAGGGUUGAAACAUAUAAAAUCUGAAGAUGUUCAAGAAAAGAAAAAUAGAAUUGAAGAAAUAGAAAAGAAUUUAGAAAAACAAAUUCUGAUUCUGCAGGUAAUGGAAAAGAUUAAUGUAGAGCUAGUUUAUGCUAGAGCAGAUUUAGAUACAGCUCUAUAUGAGAAUCAUGGUGAUAUAAAUGCAGCUAGAAAACGUGUUAUAUGGUUAGAAGACAAGAUGGGUGAACUUUGUGGACGAAAAAGAAUUACGAGUAAAACACCUAAAAAAGAAGUAACAAUCAAUAGUGUGGAAAGUGAAAAAACCUUAGAGAAUAAUGAGAAACUUUCAGAUACUAAUCAACUACCUGAAGUUGACCAAAUUACUUAUCCUAGUGAAUCAGACCCUAAACAUGGUACUGCAGAUGCAAUUGGCACCGAUUCUGUUAUUGCUAGAGUAACUACAGAGGAAACUGAAGAACAAGAUGAUAUGCAUGGUCAUUCUAAGGAACAAGAUACAGAAAUUGAUCAUUCUGAGGAAGAAGAUAAAGAAAUGGAUCAUUCUGAGGAAGAAGAUAAUAAAAGUGAUCAUUCUGAGGAACAAGAUAAAGAAGUAGAUCAUUCUGAGAAAGAUAGGGAAAGAGAGCCUUCAGAAAAGAAAACUACAGAUAUGAUUGAGGCAGAUAAUACAGAGUUUUCUUUAGUAAAACAAUCAACAAGUAUUAACAGAGACCAAUCUAAUGAUGAUAACAAGAGAGCAGCUUCUCCUACAUUCUUAACAGAAGUAUCAGCUUUUGAUUCUCUUAAUACCAAACCAAACAGAAAAGGGUUUGUUUGUACAGUAGAAGAAGAUGCUGCAAGAGAUUACUGGAAGUCAGAACAUCAUAGACUUGAUCUAGGAGACUAUUUCAAUGAAUUAAUUGAUAAUGACCCCCUAUCUUAUCAUAAUCUUGGUAUGGCUAUACCUGGUUGUUUUAUUGAAAGAGAGGAUAGUGAUUAUGAUGAUCUUCCUUGGAGAAUGAGAAGAAGAGGAAGUGAUAUUAAAGAUAUCCAUAGGAUAGCUUUAGAUAAAUUAGCUGUCAAGUUAAAGAAAAUGUAUUCUAAAGUUUAUGAUGCUGCUAUGCUGUCAGUUUUACCAUCUAAUAAACAAGCUCAAAAUGGUGAUACUACAGUCACAACCAAUAAACUGAUGAGUCAAGGAUCUGGUAAGAAAACACAAGAUACAUUCGCUUUACCAGCUGUUGUACCAACUAAACGAGGUGGGAAAGCAGGAGCAACUAAGAUGGUAUACUAUCCUAAACCAAUACCACCACCAGAAGUAUUACCUAUAACCAGGACUAGCAAAGAUAAGGAAUUUCCAAGAUACUCCAAUGCUUUCUCUUUACCUGGUGCAGACAUCCGAAGACCUGCUUCUCGUAUUGUGGACCAGAGAAAUUUAAUAGAUGAGACUAAGUUAGUUCUUUAUCGUGAGAAACCUAAACCAAAACGUGAAGGACCUAGUACAACUGAAAGACGAUUCCGUAGAAUGUUAGAAAGGGAUAGAACAUUGAGUAGCACAUCAUCAGAGAAGAAAUUAAGGAAAUCGUUCGUCAUGGCUAAAAAUCUGGCUCGAGUAGGAGGAGACAAUACAAAGAAAAAAGGUUAUUAUUAUACUACACUGUUCUUCUUUAGUUGUCUAUUAGAUUCUAGUAGAUUCUUUACUAUAUUUCUGUCAAAAAUUUCAAUGUGUAAACAGAUUUUUCUUAAAAUCUUGAAACACUUAUCCAUGAAAACAUCAAAUAAAAGAAUUUACAUUACAAACAAUCUUAUGGCGAAUAAAGUGUGA